AUGGCUUCAAAAGCUCAAGAAGGUCAGUCUACAAUCAAGAAACUACGCAUUGCGUUUGUGCACCCUGAUUUAGGCAUUGGAGGAGCUGAAAGAUUGGUUGUUGAUGCAGCCCUGGGUUUACAGGAAAAGGGCCAUGAAGUUGUCAUAUACACGAGUCAUUGUGACAAGACCCAUUGUUUUGAAGAGGUGAAGAAUGAUGUGCUGAAAGUUGAGGUGAUGGGCGAUUUUCUACCCACAAAUGUCUCUGGGAAACUGUUUAUUCUGUUUGCUAACCUGCGUCAGCUAUAUUUGAUCGGGAAGCUUGUUGUUAGCGGGAAAAUUGCAGAAAACGAUCUGUAUAUUGUUGAUCAGCUCUCUACGUGUGUCCCUUUUCUUGCAUUGUUAAGCCAGUCAAGUAGAGUUUUGUUCUAUUGCCAUUUCCCUGAUCAGUUGCUGGCUCGACGGACCAGUUUGGUGAAAAAGGCCUACAGAAUUCCAUUCGAUUUACUCGAACAGCUUACCAUGAAUGCGGCAGAUUGCAUUGUUGUGAACUCUAAAUUUACCAGAUCAGUGUUUGCCAAAACGUUCAGAUUCGCAUCGAGAAAGCCUAAUGUCAUAUACCCAUGUGUGGGACUGGAAAACGAAAAAAUCCCAGACGCAGAUACCAGACGCUUCAACAUUAUACUGCCUGAUGAUGCGAAGUUCUACUUGAGUGUGAACCGCUAUGAACGGAAAAAGAACAUAGAACUCGCUAUCCAAUCGUUCGCUCUCACCUUACAGAGCAAAAAGACAAACACCAAGCUAGUUAUCGCCGGUGGUUACGAUGCAAGAGUACAAGAAAAUAGAGAUUAUCUUUUGGAACUUCAGCAAUUGUCAGAAAAAUCAGGGCUCUCUCAUAUGACUUUGCAUUAUCCACAAUGGGAGCAAAGCCAAGAGGCAAUCGGCGAGAAAUCUUCUCAAGUAAAGAUCAUCUUCUUAACAUCCAUUUCCUCUUCCUUGAAGGACUUGCUGCUUCAAAAAAGUGAAAUGCUGCUUUACACACCUUCUUUUGAACAUUUUGGAAUCGUACCUUUGGAAGCAAUGAAAUUAGGAAAACCUGUUCUCGCAGUGGACAAUGGUGGGCCCUUGGAAACGGUAGUGACCCUUUGUCCUGGAUCGAACGAAAGCAAAUCAACUGGUUGGCUAAGACGAGGUGUUCCCAGUGAGUGGGCUACCGCUUUAGAAGAAUCAGUGCCCUAUCUGGAAGAAAAGCCUACAAUUUUCCAGCAAAAUGGGCCGGUCAGGGUCCGCGAAAUGUUUUCCAGAGACGCAAUGACGGAUGAAUUUGUGAAGAGCAUAUCGGGACUUUCUUGGAGCGAUAAUAAACGGACUUACGCUUACCAUUUAACGUUCAUCCUGUUAUGUCUAAUUUCGAUUGCCCCUAGUGUAUAUUUAGGAGGUGUAAAAAGUACGCCUUUUGCAAUGACUGCCGCGGGUCUUCUCUAUUUCUUUAGAGGAGUUGAGUCACUUGCAUGUAUCACGGCCGUCAUUAUGGUAAGCAUGGUUGCUGCGCGUUGA